CCAACCUAUCAGGAUCGAUUGAGUCACUGCUGCUCAGUGGGGCGAUGGCUUUUGGCCUUUAGGUGGGCAAGUUCAGAGACAAAACUUCAGUAUUGACAUUGGGAGAGCCAAGAGAGGGGACGAAUCCUCCGGUGGAGUUUCCGUGAGCGUUAACCAUGGGAGACUGGAGUUUCUUGGGUAAUAUUUUGGAAGAAGUCAAUGAGCACUCGACCGUGAUUGGUCGAGUUUGGCUCACUGUUCUCUUCAUUUUUCGGAUACUCAUUCUGGGAACGGCUGCUGAGUUUGUUUGGGGCGAUGAACAAUCUGAUUUUGUGUGCAACACCCAGCAGCCCGGUUGUGAAAAUGUCUGCUACGACGAGGCCUUUCCUCUCUCCCACAUUAGGCUGUGGGUUCUCCAGAUCAUCUUUGUGUCCACGCCAUCACUGGUCUACGUGGGACACGCGGUGCACCACGUUCGCAUGGAGGAGAAACGGAAGGAGAGAGAGGAGGCUGAAAUGAGCAGGCAGCAGGAGAUGAACGAGGAACGAUUACCCCUUGCCCCUGAUCAAGGGAGCAUCAGGACCACGAAGGAGACAAGUACCAAAGGAACCAAGAAGUUUCGCUUGGAAGGAACCCUCCUCAGAACCUACAUCUGCCACAUUAUAUUCAAAACUCUUUUUGAAGUCGGCUUUGUGGUCGGCCAAUACUUUCUCUACGGCUUCUGGAUCAAACCCUUGUAUCGUUGCAGUAGAUGGCCCUGCCCAAACACGGUGGACUGCUUCGUUUCCAGGCCGACGGAGAAAACGAUUUUCAUUACGUUCAUGUUAGCCGUGGCUGCGGUCUCUCUCUUUUUGAACGUGGUGGAGAUUAGCCACUUGGGAUGGAAAAAGAUCCGACUUGCUUUUCGCAGACCCGACCAACAUCCCCAGCAACUGCCAGGAGAGGUUUCCCAGAAAUCAUUGCAUUCUAUAGCAAUUUCUUCUAUUCCAAAGUCUAAAGGCUAUAAGCUGCUCGACGAAGAGAAAGUAGUCUCGCGUUUCUACCCGAUGACCGAAGUCGGAUUAGAAGCCAGCCCGCUUCCGGCGCACUUCAACGGCUAUGACAAAGGCAGCACAGGGCUCCUAGAAGACAUCUCAAAGGGUUAUGAUGAAACCCUGCCAUCCUACCGUCAAGCGGAAGAGCUAGAUGGUGUUAAAGUGCAAGCUUCUGAUGCUUUUGAACAGGCUUCUUCUGAACGUGCUGCCUCAGUGAGGUCCCCUUCGGUGCGUGCCCCAUCUGACCGAGCCCCCUCUGAACGUGCACUUUCUGAAAGGGCACCCACCCGUGCUGCUUCUGAGCAUGCAGGUUCAGAGCACACACCCUCUGUGCGAACACCUUCCAACAGUGCAACUCCCGAACGAGUACCCUCCCGAGCUGCCUCUGAACAUGCACCAUUGGAUUGUGCCCCUUCUGAGCGAGCACCCUCCCGUGCUGCCUCUGAACAUGCCCCUUCUGAUCGUGCACCCUCGGAGCGAGGUUCUUCACGAGCAGCUUCGGAGCGGGCUCCAUCCCAACCCGCUCUCUUUGAACCAGUUUCUUCUAGAACAGGCUCAGUCCAAGCUCUGUUAGAGAGCCCCCCUUCCUAUGCAAUAUCUGAUCUGCCACCAGAAGCAGAUGCCCCGAUUGAAUUGAUAACCUUAAAAGCACCUUCUAAACAGUCUCUAAUUGACCAAGCUCCCACUCAGGUAGGGUUAGAUCAAUCCCCCAAUGAGCCCACGCCAUUAAGAGCUCUUCCAGAGCAAGGCAACCCCAACCACACGUUCCCUGACCCUGAAGCUUUAGAACCAGAUAUUGUUGAAUAUGAGCCCCUAGGCCCAGAGAUGCCAUUACUCAAUCUCGAAUUCAUUCCCGACUCCAGAUCCCUGAGCAGGUUGAGCAAAGCUAGCAGCAGGGCCCGCUCAGACGACUUAACGGUCUGAUAUUGAAAGAAAAACGAAUGUCGAGGGAAAAUACAGUAUAAGAAGGAACAGUGCAAAAAAGAUCUGGGUAUUGAGCCAAUAAUGAGUGUAGAAUUGAAUGCAUUUCAUUCAGCAUUACCAAGGGCUGUUAGAAAAUAGGCCCGAUAUCUCUAUCUACUCUUUGUGGGUCUGUCUGUCUGUCCAUCUCUCUCGUUUAUUUUCUAUUUUGGCAAAAUAGUUGUAGGUUCAGUUUUAGUCUUGAUCUACUUUGGAACAAGCAUUUUCUUCCUGUUUAUCAUUGGCUGAGAACACCCAACAGACCUCAAUACCAUACAAUGGGCCACGUCUCUGGGCUACUCAAGUUAUAGAAUAUUAUUGUGGUGUUUGGGUCUGUUGGGUGCAAGACUGUCUCAUCAGCAGCUAGCCAAGGGUCGGACAAGGGUAGGGACACUCCUAUUUAUUCCUACAGAAUAAAAGAAUGAUUUCCAUUACGGUUACAGAGAACUGUAGUCCGAGUAGGAGGAUUUUCUGAUCAGGAUUAGAGUGCAAGCCAUAUAGGCUAGCUGGGUCUCUGGGGCUGAAUUAUUAAUAAAGAUGCUAAAUGGCUAGUAGCAAACAAUUAGCAACUAGUGUUGAAAUGAAAGGAAAGAUUCGAUUGGUUGUUGUGAAAACCUGCACUGGUGCAAUUUAACACCUAUGUUAUCAGUCCCUCUACGUCAGCUAUAUUUCCAGUUAAAGGGGUUGUAUACCCCCGACAAGUGUUGUCUAAGUACUUUCCAAUGUACUGUGUCUUAACUAUAGGAGAUCCAACUUCUACAGAAUUUCUGCUUCAUAUUGUAAUGACAUAUUCAAAAACAUUUACAAAUUUACACUGGAAGUUGCUCAGAAUGACAUUUUCUCAUUGGACAAAAUACUAUUUUAGGGUUUACUUCCCCUUUGAUGGUCAUUUUAAUCUGUACUGUUUCAUUUUAGGCCUUAGUGAUGUGUAUAUAUAUAUAUAUAUAUAUAUA